AUGGCAACUCUUAAGGAAAAACUGAUUGCACCAGUUGCAGAAGAAGAGGCAUCAGUUCCAAAUAAUAAGAUCACUGUAGUGGGUGUUGGACAAGUUGGUAUGGCUUGUGCCAUCAGCAUUCUGGGAAAGUCUCUGGCUGAUGAACUUGCCCUUGUGGAUGUUUUAGAAGAUAAACUCAAAGGAGAAAUGAUGGAUCUGCAGCAUGGGAGUUUAUUUCUUCAGACACCUAAAAUUGUAGCAGAUAAAGAUUACUCUGUGACUGCCAAUUCAAAGAUUGUGGUGGUAACUGCCGGAGUUCGUCAGCAAGAGGGGGAGAGUCGUCUCAAUCUGGUACAGAGGAAUGUGAAUGUCUUCAAAUUUAUUAUUCCUCAGAUCGUCAAGUACAGUCCUGACUGCAUCAUAAUUGUGGUUUCCAACCCAGUGGAUAUUCUUACAUAUGUUACCUGGAAACUAAGUGGAUUACCCAAGCACCGUGUAAUUGGAAGUGGUUGUAACCUGGAUUCUGCUAGAUUUCGCUACCUUAUGGCUGAAAAACUUGGCAUUCAUCCCAGUAGCUGCCAUGGAUGGAUUUUGGGAGAACAUGGCGACUCAAGUGUGGCGGUGUGGAGCGGAGUGAACGUGGCAGGGGUUUCUCUUCAGGAACUGAAUCCAGAAAUGGGAACUGACAAUGACAGUGAAAAUUGGAAGGAAGUGCAUAAAAUGGUGGUUGAAAGUGCCUAUGAAGUCAUCAAGCUAAAAGGAUACACCAACUGGGCUAUUGGAUUAAGUGUGGCUGAUUUGAUUGAAUCCAUGUUGAAAAAUCUAUGCAGGAUUCAUCCAGUGUCAACAAUGGUGAAGGGGAUGUAUGGCAUUGAGAAUGAAGUUUUCCUGAGCCUUCCGUGCAUUCUGAAUGCUCGAGGGUUAACCAGUGUUAUCAACCAGAAGCUGAAGGAUAAUGAGGUUGCUCAACUCAAGAAGAGCGCAGAUACUCUGUGGGACAUCCAGAAGGAUCUAAAAGACCUGUGACGUUUGAGUUCUAUGCUGUAGAAAUUUAAAACCACAAUGUGAUUAACAUGAGCCUUUAGUGAUUAUCCAAGUAUAUGGAUAACAGUCUGCUUUUCCUUUCCUAAGUAUGUGAAUUUGGGCCCACAUGAUUACAGCACAUGCUUGGCUUAACGUUUGCAAUAUGAGCCCUUGAGAAAUAAAAUUACCUGUUGUAGCGUG